ACACGAUGCUCUCCUCGUCUCUAGGCUAGUGGUUUGUCUGCCACUGCCGCGUCACCACCUGGUAUCGUUUCCCACCCACACCCGCCGCCGCCUCCACCUGUUCUGUUCCCCCUCCUCUCCCUCCUGCCCGCCCGGCGGCAGAGAUGGAGUCCCUGGGCGUGCUGCUUCUCCACCCCAUGAACGCGUACCUGGAGCAGGAGCUGGACCGCCGCUGCCGCCUGCACCGCUUCUGGGAGGCUCCGCCGGGGGCGCCGCGCGACGAGUUCCUCCGCGCGCACGCGGGCUCCAUCCGCGCCGUCGUCGGCAACGCCUCCUACGGCGCCGACGCCGCGCUCAUCGACGCGCUCCCGGCGCUCGAGAUCGUCGCCUCCUUCUCCGUCGGCAUCGACCGCGUCGACCUCGCCAAGUGCCGCGAGCGCGGGAUCCGGGUCACCAACACCCCCGACGUCCUCACCGAUGACGUCGCAGACCUCGCCGUCGGCCUCGCCAUCGCCGUGCUCCGCAGGAUCCCGCAGGCCGACCGCUACGUCCGCGCCGGCCAGUGGAAGGCCAAGGGCGACUACGCACUCACCACACGGUUAAGUGGCAAGAGAGUUGCUAUUCUGGGGCUUGGCAGGAUAGGCUUAGCUGUAGCGAAAAGAGCUGAGGCAUUUGGUUGCUCGAUCAGCUAUCAUUCAAGAUCAGAGAAGCCAUUUCCAAACUACAAAUUCUACGCGAAUGUUGUUGAUCUGGCAGCCAACUGCGAUGCACUUAUCGUGGCAUGCUCGCUUAACGCGGAGACCUAUCACAUUGUUAAUCGUGAUGUCAUCAACGCACUUGGACCAGAGGGUGUGCUCAUAAACAUUGGCCGUGGAGCACACGUGGAUGAACCUGAGCUCGUGUCAGCACUUGUUGAGAAACGCUUGGGAGGAGCAGGCGUUGAUGUGUAUGAGAACGAGCCCUUUGCUCCAGAGCAGCUCUUUGGUUUGGAUAAUGUUGUCUUAGUUCCUCAUGUGGGCAGUGACACAGAAGAAACAUGCAGGGCGAUGGCUGAUCUAGUGCUAGCAAAUUUAGUGGCACAUGCAUCGAAUAAGCAAAUAGUCACUCCAGUAAUCUGAUUAUUGUUGCUGGUAGCCAGAGAUUAGUAGAAGGAUAUCAUGGUCUGAUUUGUAAUGCCAACUCUGCAGUUUGCUAUUUUUAGUUUGCCAAUCAACCAUCGCUAGGGAAAUGCUGUUCUCUUUUAUUUUUUUUGUAAAGGAUCAUGUCAAUCAGCCAUGAUAAUUAAGAGUACCCCCUAUGGAUAUUUCACUUUUUUUUUUACCA